AUGGUUUCCUUCAAGACUUUUGCAGUCACUGCAAUCACUCUCCUUAGCUGCACACUAGCAGCUCCCACAAGCUCAUCCGGCGUCGACAGUGCCAUCCCUGGCAGCUACAUCAUUACUCUCAAGCAAGACAUCAUCCCCACUCUUGUGAAGGCCCAUAUGAAAUGGGUUGGCAAAGUUCACCAGCGAAGCCUCGAGAAGCGCGAUGGCGACAACGGUGUUGAGAAGACAUAUGAGACCGAGGCUGGCUUCCGUGGCUACUCUGGUACCUUUGACCCUUCAACUAUCAAGCAGAUCAAGAAUAGUCCUGAGGUUGCGAGUGUCGAGCCUGACCGCAGAGUCGAGCUGACAUGGAACCCGACUAAGCGUGCGGCUCAAACUUCAGAACAGCCCGCUGAGCCAUCAACCAAUGGAAGCCAAAUCGAAGAGCCCACUGACGGAGAAGAGAGCGAAGACGAUCUUGAGAAAAGGGGCGAGAUGGACCAAAAGAACAGCACAUGGGGCCUCGCAACCAUCUCGCACCGCAAGAAGGGCUUCGGAAACUACAUCUACAGCAAGCAAGGCGGUGCCAGCUCCUUUGCCUACGUCGUCGACAGUGGUGUUCGUGUCACUCACCAGGAGUUUCAAGGUCGCGCCAAGAACGGUUGGACCGCUUUCAAGCAGGAUUACACUGAUCGUCUGGGCCAUGGAACCCACGUCGCUGGAAUCAUCAUUGGCAAGACCUUCGGCGUUGCUAAGAGGGCCAAGGUUAUCUCUGUCAAGGUGUUCCAGGGCAACUCUGCCGACCUGUCCGUCAUCAUGAACGGUAUUGAGUGGGCCGUCAACGACAUCAUCAGCAAGAAGAGACAGGAGUUCUCUGUGGUAAACCUGUCUCUUGGAAUCGAUGGUGUAUCUAGUGCCCUCAACGAAAUGGUUCAGAACGCUGCCAAGCAGGGUGUCAUUUUCGUCGUCGCUGCUGGUAACCAGGGAGAAGCUGCUAGCACCAAGUCUCCUGCAUCUGCCUCAAGGGCCAUCACCGUCGGAGCCGUCAACAGGAACUGGAAGAUGCCUGAGUGGUCCAACUAUGGUAGCUCCGUCGACAUCUUGGCUCCUGGUGUAGGCAUCACUUCAGCCUCUUGGAAGAGCGAUAAUGGUACAUAUAUCGAGGACGGCACCUCCAUGGCCUGCCCUCACGUGUCGGGUCUUGUGCUGUACGCGCAGUCAGUUUACGGCAUCACCGGUGUUGAGACAACGACAAAGUACCUCAGGAAGUAUGCCACUAUCAACAAGGUUUCGGGAAGCCGCCGAGGCUCACCAAACCGCAUCGCCAACAACAACAACAUCGCUCAAACCAAAUAA